AUGCCACGCGAUGACUACACCCGGCGAUCACGAUCCCCACUCCCACCCCGAUCUCCUUCGCCGGACGCACAGCCGCGACAGCGGAAACGACCUGGUGGUGGAGCGCGCAUGGGGCUGGUGGAUCCUCAAACGAUGCGCCGUCGGCAGGAGGAGCGCGACCGUGCACAGGAGGAGGACGCGAUGCGAAUGUCUCGUGAUCGAGGGGUGUCAGAUGUGGUCCGGCAGCACUACAAUGCGGUUCCCCAGCGAGGGCGCGAGUGGCGCAAGACAGAAAGCAAGAUCAAGGGGCUUCGGAGCUUCAACAAUUGGGUGAAGAGCACGCUGAUCCAGAAAUUUUCGCCGGACGAGGAGUUCCUCUCUCGCUUCGGCAAGACCGAUGAAUGGGCGAACGACGGCAGCUCGGGCCCGCCCCCAACAGACGACAAGCGACUGCUCGUGCUCGAUCUGGGCUGCGGCAAGGGCGGCGAUCUGGGCAAAUGGCAGCUGGCUCCGCAGCCGGUUGAUCUCUAUGUCGGCCUUGAUCCGGCUAAUAUCUCCAUCGAACAGGCGCGAGAGCGGUAUAAUGGCAUGCGGAGUGGUCGUGGACAGCGCGGCCGUCGGCCCCCGCAGCCGAUUUUCCACGCUGAGUUCGUUCCAAAGGACUGCUUCGGCGAGUGGCUGGGCGAUGUCCAGAUCAUCCAGCAGGUGGGAAUUGAUGCCAAUGCUGGACCCGGCGGGUCGAUGAUGGCUGCCCGCUGGGGCGGUGGUGGUGGCUUCGAUAUUGUCACGUCCAUGUUUGCCAUUCAUUACGCAUUUGAAAGCGAGGAGAAGGCUCGCCAGAUGCUCCGCAAUGUGUCCGGAUGUCUCAAGAAAGGCGGCCGUUUCCUCGCCGUGUGCCCCAACCCGGAUAUCAUCAGCAGCCGGGUCGCUGCAUUUCACAAGCAGCGCCAGGAGCGCGAGGCGACCAAACCCGCCCAGCCGGAAGGUCCCGAGGAUGGGGAAGUCGAGGAGGAUGACCGAGCGCAAUGGGGCAACGAUAUCUACCGUGUCCGUUUUCCGGGACAGACACCCGAGGACGGUGUCUUCCGGCCGCCGUUUGGAUGGAAAUACAGCUAUUUCAUGCAGGAGGCCGUCGAGGAGGUUCCUGAAUACGUCGUCCCGUGGGAAGCAUUCCGAGCUUUGACCGAGGACUAUAACCUGGAGUUGCAGUACCGCAAGCCGUUUAUGGAGAUCUGGGAGGAAGAGAAGAACGACCCGGAACUGGGCCCACUGAGCGAGCGCAUGGGUGUCCGAGACCGUGCGACGGGCGCGUUGGCGAUGACCGAGGAGGAGAAGGAGGCAGUCAGCACUAAUGAUUACCCCAUUCGGCCUAGUGCUAUCGCGUCGCGUAAUCUCAACUCUUUCAUCAUCUUCACCGUCAACCCUCCAUUCAACGAGCAGGAGAGCAUAAAUCCCCUUUUGUCCACCAUGCUAUCGGCAACACCACGCCAAUCGGCAACGCCGCGCCGAUCCCGGGCGCCGCAAUCACAUAACCCAUCCAGCGCGGCCCGCAGCAGAAGACAAGAAAGCCUACCGGCCUCACGGCCGCCUCUACCACCCUACGAACUGCCCGAAGCGCCUCUUACAGCCGAAGCCCAUCGCAAGCUAGCCUCGCUGCUUGAAUCCCCAUCUUUGCGCCAUCUGAAAACUCACAUCCAGCACGCGACGGAGAAACUCACUGAUUCGGCGGGCGAGAUAAACGACCGCCUCUGCGACGCGAAGGUACGAUACCAGCGUAGCAAAGAUGCUCGACGACGCAAUGAGGAGAGUGCAGAUGGUAACGAAGAAGAGGGGACUGCCGAGAGCGAUGAAGAGCAUCGCCGUCUCGAGGACGCGGAGACCAAGGUCAAUGCCGUUACUGAGCGGCUCGAGGCUAGGAUGCGUCUGAUGAUUGAUACAGAGGGGAAGUUGCAGGGUCUGACAGAUGCUGUUACGGAUGUGCAGAUGGAGGAGGCGCAGGCGCAGACUGCUGCGUUGGGACCUAGACGAACUCGGAGACAGAGGCCGCGACAUGGGAAUGAUCAGGAGGAGGAGGAUAAUGAUGAUGAUGAUGAUGAUCAAGAGGAUGAGGAUUUUGAAGACACGCCGGAAAGGGAGGUGCGAGAGCGCAAUGCGCAGAAUCCGCUUAGUCGCAGGGUGGAAGACGCGAUUGCGGAGAAGGGAGGCAAGUGGGAGGAUCUGUCUCUCACAGAGAGGUGA